UCAAAGGACACGGGUGUGAGAGGGCAUCGGCAGGAAGUGGCUGGAGAAAAAGUUAAAAUGAGGAAAUGAGAAGCUUCAGUUUGAACAGAAGACAGCAGACCUCAAUGAAUGAGCUUACUAAAGAGACGUGCCACGGACGGACUUCCUCUGCUCUCUUCUCUCACACACGCUCCUCCAUCGAGCACAUCCAACGGCUGUAGAGGAGUUCCUGAGUGAGGUGCGUAGCAGGGAGCAGCCUCACAGCGCUGGGCUUGUCUCCCAACCGACAGCUGUAAAGUUUCUUAUGGCCCGCAAGUUCGACGUCACCAGAGCCAUCGACCUCUUCCAAGCAUACAAGAACACAAGAAUCAAAGAGGGCAUCAUCAAUAUCAACCCUGACGAGGACCCCCUACGCUCUGAGCUGCUGAGUGGUAAAUUCACAGUCCUGCCUGGUCGUGAUGCAAAGGGCGCUGCUCUAGCUCUCUUCACCGCUCGCCUCCAUCGGCCAGAUGUCACCACACAUAAAGCUGUGCUACAGGCCAUCAUCUAUCAGCUGGACAAAGCCAUAGAGAGUUUACAAACUCAAAGAGACGGCCUCAUCUUUAUUUACGACAUGACCAACUCAAGCUACGGCAAUUUUGACUAUGAGCUCUGUGUCAAGAUCCUUAAUUUGCUCAAGGGCGCCUUUCCAGCUCGUCUAAAAUGUGUCUUCAUCGUGUCAUCGCCUCUUUGGUUUCGAGCACCUUUUGCUGUUCUUCGCCUCUUUGUGCGUGAGAAGCUAAGAGAGAGGGUGUGCACAGUGAAGGCUCAUGAGCUGGCCAGUCACAUCCCUGUCUCCUCCCUCCCUGAACACCUGGGUGGGACUUCUCAGUACAGCCACGUAGCUUGGAUCCAGUCCUGUGUGAACACACACACAAACACUGUUCAGGGUGACACACAAGACCAUGACACUCACGACUGUGUAGGAAACCUGCUGCGCUCCUACAGCUUAGAGUGCAGCAACACAAGCGCAGGCGCUACACUGACCCACACACAUAUCAAUACGCAGUUAGGCUCCGAGCUAACCAUGGCUAACUCUAAUUGCUACGACGAUAGCAAUGCUAACCCACACAACCACUGCGGUGUGGUGGAGGGCAGGACUCGAGGGCAGUAUCAGCAGAGCCCGCAGUCUGCAGCAAACAGGCCGCAGGGGAACCACCAACACUGGAACGGCUCUGCAGUAAGCGGGGCUAACUUAGCUGUAAGCGGUUCAAGCCCUAACGCUAACAUGAACGGUCGUAGCCACCAAGCCCCUCCACAGUCAGACACGCCUCCUGACACACCGCUCUCCCAGACGGGUGAUGCAGAAAGCAAUGUGACAGGCUCAGCUAACAGGUCCCAGAAUGAAGGUGUGAAGGAGGAGGAUGGUGAGGAAGAGGAGGGUGUGCCUCCAUUACCCCAGAAGUCUUUGCCACGUCCUCCUCACCAGCCGUGCUCCCAGUCUCCACCCUUGUCUUCAUCAUGGGGUCCUGAUGAUGAGGAGCGCUGCAUGGAGGUGUCUGUUCACAUGCCAGAGCAAGGAGGUAUGACGGUGCAUGAGCUGGUAGAGCAUGUGAAAAGAAAGAAGAAGAAGGGGAUUUACCAGGAGUACGAGGAGAUCCGCAAGGAGCCGCCAGCGGGAACCUUUGAAUACUCCAAAAAACUUUCCAAUCAGAUAAAGAACAGGUACAGCGAUGUUCUCUGCCUCGAUCACUCACGGGUGCGACUCUGCCAGCUCUGUGAUGAUGACGAUGAGACAUCAGAUUACAUUAACGCCAGUUUCAUGGAUGGGUACAAGAGAGGCAACGCCUACAUCGCAACUCAGGGUCCUUUGCCAAAAACAUUUGGUGACUUCUGGCGCAUGGUUUGGGAACAGAUGGUACUUAUCAUUGUCAUGACCACCAGGGUGGUGGAGCGUGGGCGUGUAAAGUGUGGUCAGUACUGGCCUCUUGAGGAGGGCAGGACCGAACAACAUGGAUACUUCUUAGUUAGAAACACACACAUCCAAACAUUUCAGGACUUCAAACUCUCCCAUCUUGAACUCUACAACACACAGUCUGGAGAGAGACGGGAGGUGUGUCACUACCUCUAUGUCAGCUGGCCAGACUUUGGGGUGCCUAAAAGUGCUUCAGCCAUGUUGGACUUUCGUGAACAUGUACUUCAAAAGAGGGAGGCUGCAGUCCAGAGUCUAGGGGACAGCUGGACGGGGCCUCCUGGGGGCCCUCCUGUGGUUGUGCACUGCAGUGCUGGCAUUGGCCGAACAGGCACGUUCUGUACACUGGACAUCUGCCUGUCCCGGCUGGAGGACAUUGGCACAGUAGAUGUACGUCAGACAGUGCGGCGGAUGCGUACACAAAGGGCUUUCAGCAUCCAGACCUGGGACCAGUACUAUUUCUGUUACACAUCAGUCAUUGAGUAUGCUCAGCGCAAUGGAAAACUUAGCCCGGUUCAGUGGUCUGACUCAGACCUGGAGACUGACAGCGAGUGAGAGACACAAACAUAUUUAAAAUAAACAACAACUGGGAUAUCCAACCUUAGCAGAAGUCAUAGGAACAAGAGCGAGGAGCCGACUCUUCUGCCGCGAGGGAGAAGGGAUAAAGGAUUGAGAUCUCGUUUUGGCUCCUGCUGCAAUGAUGCAGACUCCCACAACAGCUCUUCCUUUUCAUGAACGGACAGCCAGAGGAGGUGAAGAACUGGAGAAAAAAUAAUACAGGGAGUGGAGACUGUAUGCUCAUCACUUACGAGCAAGCUGUCCUGCCAAUAUCCGAGCCCCUUUUUAUUUAGCAAACUACAGGGGGACUUGGCCUGCCCUGAACCUGUCUUGUUGACAAGAGAGUUGUACGACUUGUAGCAUUUUUUUUUAUUGACUUGCACAUGAGGAAUGACAAACUUGAACUUUACCCCUUGAAGCCCUCCAAACCCCUGUCUUUGUUCAUUUUUAAAAUUUCUUGUUCCUUUUUCAACCCUGAUCAAGUCUGUGGCACAGAUCAAAUGUGAAGGGUAGGAAAUGGUCAAACUUGAAAACUUUGUUUUUGUUCUGAGAGGAAAUGGUACUGUGUGAGCAAAUGGUCAGAUGUGAAAGCAGUGUGUGAGCCAUUUAGUCCAUUUCCUCCUUUUCUUUUUUUUUUUUUUUUUUUUUUUUUAAUUUCCCAGUCUUUUUUUCUAUGGUGCAUUUUCUACGUGUGUAUCAUAUUUGUGCAUAUGUAGACUAACUUUUCAAAGCCAAAGUCCUCACCCUGAAUGCUUGGAUGUACUCCUUACUAGGAUAUUGUAUAGACUGACGCCCAUGUACAUUCAUGUAACAUACAUUUAUACAUUAUAGUGUGUAAUAACAACCUCUGACAUAAGAGCAAAAGACAGCCUUGUUUAAAAUAAUUGACUUAACAGACAAGAAAUAUCUUUGUAGCGAGCCAGGCUAUGACAAAAUAUCGAGAGUUCUGGUAAUUCAACUGAUAUCAUUAGCAAAUCUGUUUGGUUUGUCAGGUCUAACAUCCUUUUUACUGUCGGAGCGUUCUGAUUGGACAAUCUUAAGUAGUUUGGCCUUAACUUGAUUCACUGCCUCGUCGUUCUCAGACCUAAACCAUACCUGAAACUGUAAACUUCUUUCUCCUUUUGUUCUUUCCCUUUCUUUGACUCUUACUCCCUUGAAACUACAAACUGUUGUUUGAUUCCUGAGGCAUCUUCUUCCUCAGAUAAUUGUGCCUUCAAGUAUUCCUUAGCUUAACGUCUCGCUAGUGUAGUAAUAACACCCGAACCAGUGCACUUGAGAAGUACACAUUGACUGUGUCUCACAGGACACCCACAUUUUGCCUCCAGUCCUGUACAUGGUUUACUACUUCUGAUACCGUCAGAGUAGUGAGUUAGCUGGGACUAAGCUCUGGUUUGAGACAUGGCUAUUCUUUUAUCAUUUGACCUCAGGGGGUAAUUCUAGUGUUUUUUGCCUAGUGUCAAAGAUCUGUUUCUGGGUUUGCCUCUGGUAAAUUAUCAUUUAAGAAAAAUAAACUAUAUUGACUUUAUUUUGUAUUUUUUACUGUAUUGUAACCUUCUAUAUUUAUGUCUUUGUAAAACUUCUACAAUAUUGAAAAUCGGUGAAUGUCGGUACGAUGCUACAAAGAAAACAAAACCAGUUAUUGCAUUUGAUAAGCUGAACAAAUCACAUGGGGAGUGAAAUAUAUAUAUUUUUUGUUGUUCACAUUGAAAUUUUGGUGGAAAAUGUCACUUGCCAUUGUAUUUUCAGAAACUGACUUGUAUAAACGGUGAUUGUUCAGUGGUGGGACAAGGGGGGGGGGCUGACGAUUACGUUUUUAGAGAGCUUAUUGUUGAAUCCCUAGGUAACAGUUACAUUAACGUCUUACUGUCUGGUACCCAAUGCCAAGGAUGAAGCAAAAAGAACUGUCAAAAAAUGCAAAAAAAGACAAGUGGCUGCCAUUUCUGUUCACAAAAUCCUUGCUUGGUGUCUUUGAUGAAAAAAUAUAUCUAUAUUUAGAAUGAGUUAAGGUUUAUCAGCAUGGAAAGAGAGCCUUGAAUGUUUUCGGGGUAAUGGUGUCCAAGCAUUUUUAGUCAAGACAGACACGGAUAUUGUUGGUGAAUGUGGACCCUGCAUCCCUCAAAGCCAAAGGCCCAGGCUCACCCUGAACAUUUCUGUCUUAUCACACAUCCUCAACAGCCUACUAGCAUGGACCUACCAACGCAGCCUUGCAUCCACUGACACAGACUCGGGAGCACCUCGGGAACGUUACUAAAGAUUAUGUAUAGCUACAAAAUGGGAGAGUGUGUAUGUAAAAGAGUCCCCAUGUGACUUAAUAUGUUUUAUGAGUAACAGAGAAUGCAAUGUGCAUUUGUCAUCGAUGUUCAUUUAAUGUUCCUGUGCUUUAAGUUCUCGUGAUUGAAUUAUGGCCUUUUACAUGCUGUCAGCCCGGCUGUCCCAUUAAAGCAAUGGUAUUACUAUC